AUGGGAGUUUUUGUUGAUGCGCCUGAGCUGCAACUGCAGUCUCAGGCAGAGCUGGAAAGAUGUUUUAUUCUGACCCAAAGAUUUCAAACUUUCUCAGCCAAGGAGACCAAAUGCGAGCAGUGCUACAGGCCAGGGGCACAACGCCAGAGUAUUUUUUUGUGCGGGCCAGCCGUGAAUGACAGACUUCAACAGAAGCAAUGUCGAUCCUGGUUCUUAGGCAAGGCUUUCGUGACCUUGCAGUACGGUGACGACCGUUACGUGGUGCGAGAGGCGAUUGGUGAAUGCCCAUCAAAAGCCAUUCGCUACGUUUCGCGUGAGGAUUUGACGAAAUUAGAAUAUGCAAUGACGCAAUGCGCAACUUUGCGACACAGAGCUCGGCCUUGGGAAAAAGAAACCAUCCCAGGCCCAUAUGAGCUCUACCAGGAGUUGAUGUUGGAUGAGCUCAUCUCGAUGGACAUGGAAAAAGCUGUACAGUCAGAAGCAGACCCCUAUGCUGACACAAAGGUGGCAGAGGAGUUGGGCGAAGAUGCUCAAGAGAUCCUUGCGGCUGCCAAUCGCCUUUCUGAAGAGCAGAGAGAGAAAAUUUGGCCGAAGGGCUAUGGCAGCGAGGCUUCCCAAGCUGCGCAGGCUUUUGAAGAUCAAAAGAAUCAAAAAUUUGGCAAACGCAGUACCAGAGAGGUGGAAGAGGGCGACUCGAGAGGAGUGCAACGUGCGGAAAUGAAGGCGACUUUGUUUUACAUGUUGGACAGAGAUGGCGAUGGCUUCCUGUACGACACAGAGUUGCGCCCCUUCGCAGAUAGGGUCAACAGAACUUGUGGAGUGACUGAGGCCGAGGAGUACCAGUCCUUGUGCAAUGAAUACCGUUGCUCGCCCAUGCAGGGCAUGGACAUGAUUGCCUUUGCCCGCAUGCUUGACGAUGAGCAGAGUCCUCACGACUUCUGA